UCAGACGGUGGACCUCCUGAUGCAGGAGUCUGGCUGCAGACUGGAGCACCCCUCUGCCACCAGGUUUCGCAAUCAUGUCAUGGAAGGAGAGUGGGACAAGGCGGAGAGUGACCUAAAUGAGCUGAAGGGAAUGAUGCAUUCUCCCAGUGCUAUAGUGCGGAUGAAGUUCCUGCUGCUGCAGCAGAAGUACCUGGAGUAUCUGGAGGAUGGAAAGGUCUUGGAGGCCCUGCAGGUCCUCAGAGCUGAGCUCACUCCUCUCAAGUACAACACGGAGCGUAUCCACGUCCUGAGCGGGUACCUGAUGUGCAGUCACGCAGAGGACCUGCGAGUCAAAGCAGAGUGGGAAGGCAAAGGCACGGCGUCUCGAACAAAGCUGCUGGAUCGCCUCCAGACCUAUCUGCCUCCCUCAGUGAUGCUGCCCCCCCGCCGCCUGCAGACCCUGCUGAAGCAGGCCGUUGAGCUGCAGAGGGAGCGCUGCCUUUAUCACAACACCAAGCUGGACAGUGGACUCGACUCUGUGUCCCUGCUCCUGGACCACGCCUGUAGCCGGAAACAGUUCCCCUGCUACACCCAGCAGAUUCUUACUGAACACUGCAACGAAGUCUGGUUCUGCAAAUUCUCCAACGACGGCACAAAACUGGCAACCGGGUCCAAAGACACCACAGUCAUCGUGUGGCAAGUUGACAUGGAAACCCUGCAGCUGAAAUUGUUAAAGACCCUGGAAGGUCAUGCGUAUGGUGUGUCAUACCUGGCAUGGAGCCCUGAUGAUACCUAUCUGAUAGCCUGUGGUCCUGAUGACUGCUCCGAGCUGUGGCUGUGGAAUGUGCAGACGGGGGAGUUGCGGACAAAGAUGAGUCAGUCUCACGAAGAUAGCCUGACUAGUGUGGCCUGGAAUCCAGAUGGCAAGCGCUUCGUCACCGGCGGUCAGAGAGGCCAGUUCUACCAGUGUGACUUGGAUGGAAACCUGCUGGACUCAUGGGAGGGAGUUCGGGUGCAGUGCCUGUGGUGUCUGAAUGACGGCCGGACCGUACUUGCAUCCGACACCCACCAACGCAUCCGAGGAUACAACUUUGAAGACCUGACAGACAGAAACAUAGUGCAGGAGGACCAUCCCAUCAUGUCUUUCACUGUUUCCAAAAAUGGAAGGUUAGCGCUGCUCAAUGUUGCCACCCAGGGAGUGCACCUAUGGGACUUGCAGGACCGGGUGCUGGUGAGGAAAUACCAAGGGGUCACCCAGGGCUUCUACACCAUCCACUCCUGCCUGGGAGGUCACAAUGAAGACUUCAUCGCCAGUGGUAGUGAAGACAACAAAGUUUACAUCUGGCACCGGCGUAGUGAGCUGCCCAUUGCAGAGCUCACUGGUCACACCCGCACGGUCAACUGUGUGAGCUGGAACCCCGUCCUGCCGGGAUUACUGGCGAGCGCAUCCGAUGAUGGAACCGUCCGAAUCUGGGGGCCCGCCCCUUUCCUGGAUGUCCCGGAUGCAGAAGGGCUCAAUGAAUGCAGCAGUAUGGACAGCUGAUGAUCUUCUGGUGCUCUGAACCCAAGGAGCGCUAAGACUCUGUAGACACUUGAAUGGAUGAAGUGGGGGGGAAGCUUUAUGAUUGGACAGCUGCCUCCUGGAGGCGGAGCUGUGUGUGCUCCAUGUCAGGAUGUCACAACUCAUCAGCUCUCGGACUCCGUCACAUUAUUGAGAGCAGAUCCGUUCUAGUAAUAGCUUGGCUCGAGGACAUCCAGAAUCUGACCCAUCCCCCCUUCCUCCUCCUCCUGUAUGGACCCAUUCCCUCAGCACCAUCCAGGACCACCUGGAGCCACCUGCUCUUAUUUAUUAUCAGCUACAUUAUUUUAUUUAUUCUUGAGUAGUGCUUGGCUGUGACGUAGCAGCACCUGGUGGAGGGUGCGUGUCCUUCGUUCUGUCCUCAGUCUGAGCUGCUCACAUUAAGAAUGUUCAGCUCUUUCCCCCUCCCACCUCCUGAACCUAUGAAGAAAUUUAACCUGCAGGAACAUUUGAAGGCUGAAAUAACCACUUGAAGAGAAGGAUUUUUUUUAAUGCAAAAUUCUACGUUACCUUGUCUUUUUUUUUAAUGAGGAACACGUUGUUGUUUUCCCUCUGGCUCUCCUGCGUUUAGCCACAGAAAGAAUAGUCUUUGACUAGCAUGUUACACAGGACUGCACAUGAUCCAAGGCAUCUUCAUGUAGUGUCAGUGGACGGCUGCAUACAGCUGCUGAUGUGUUGAGACCUAUAGCGUUAGAAGGAUGAUCUGUCAACCCUUACCUCUGCAUAUGGAUUAUCUGAGUGUGGUCUCCUGUUGCUCUGCGUGGAUUUCCUCUUGAUUUUUGAUUCUGGCUUCACUUCCAUUUCUGUUUCACUCAUUAUAUCAAUUUAUUUGCAUUUGGUUUAGUUGUCACUUGUUCCAAGUUUCAUUUACCAGACCGUGUUUGUGUUUUUAUUUUCUGUAUGUGGAGCUAUAACAUUUAAGAAGACACUCCCUGAUUUAUUAAUGUUACCAGUGGAGCCCCAAACCCCAGUUCAACUGUUUCAGAAGAUAAGGCUGGUGUUGUUCUCUGUAUUCUAUUGACAAAUAAUUCUGAAAAAAUAGACCAGAAGCUACCAUGUGUUUCUCAAAACGUUACAUCUUCCUCCCUCUGUCUGUGGCUCUCAGCUCCGAAAGCCGACUUGUUUCUCCUGUCGAUGUGAACUUUUUUGAAACACCUCAAAAACAUCUGCUUGAUCGUUACAUUCACACAAAGUUUGUUGGGGUCAGAACGAUCAUUACAUUUUCAGAAUCCACAUGGACUCAUCUGCAGGAUGGUCUGUGUGACUCAAAAUAAACUAGUGUGUGACAGU